UAUUAUGAAAUGUACACUAUAUUGCACCUCCCCUAUAUAAUUUUUUAUGAAGACAAAAAUUUUCUAGGUCGUAGUUAUGAGUGCAGCAAUGACUGCACAGACCUGCACACUUACUUCACUCGCUGCAACUCCAUCAGAGUGGAGAGUGGCUGUUUCAUGAUCUAUGAACGUCCAAAUUAUAUGGGCCACCAGUAUUAUAUGAAAAGAGGCGAGCAUCCUGACUACCAGAGAUGGAUGGGCUUCAGUAGCUGUAUUCGAUCCUGUCGCAUGAUUCCAGUGUACAGGGGUCCAUACAGACUGAGGAUCUUUGAGAAGGCUGACUACAGCGGUCACAUGAUGGAAUUCAUGGACGACUGCCCCUGUGUGUCUGAUCGUUUCCACCAUCGGCAUGUGUACUCCUGUAAUGUGAUGAAUGGCUACUGGAUCUUUUAUGAAUAUCCCAACUACAGAGGGAGGCAGUACUUCCUGAAACCUGGGGAAUACAGGAGAUUCCGAGACUGGUGUGCUACCUGCGCCAUUGUGGGCUCCUUCAGACGAGUCACGGAUUUUUAGGCAAUCUGCAUGCACUUAUUUAUAUAUGAACUGUUCAUUUACUGUUUAUAAGCAUUACUGUUUAUAAACAUUUAGAUUUUUUUUCACUUCUUGUUCCUGAAUAAUAAGUAAAUAAGAAUAAAAUUGUAUUUAUAAUAUUAAAGCACUGUUUUUAUUGCA